AUGGCGUUGUUUUGUCCGCUGUGCCACAGCAUUUUAUACUUUACGUCUAAGUCGCAAACCUCUUCGUGCUUCGCUUGUCUGCGUUGCAGCUACGAGCUGCCGGUGUCCCGGCGUUUCCACAAGUCUACUGUCUACACGCAGUUCGAGAAGGAGGUUCCGCGUAGCCCGCACAGCGCUAACGAGUUUGAGCAUGCGCCUAAGAUCAUUGCUGUUUGCCCGUCUUGCCACAACAAAGAGGCGUACUUCAUGAGCAUACAAACCCGCUCGGCCGACGAGCCGAUGACGCAGUUUUUCGUUUGCACAGCAUGCCGCCACCGUUGGAAGGAGUAG